GAUUAAAAACAUCACACAUCCUCUGUCUGAUGUGGGGCUUUGUUACAAGUAUGGAUGGGAAAAUGAAGUGAAGACAAUACAGAUCACUGGUUAAAGACCGGUGUAUUAGUGUGCACCUAGUGAAUUUGUUCAUGUCAGAGCUGUUAAACGUUUAAUGAAAGAAGCAGCAGAAUUGAAAGAUCCAACAGAUCAUUACCAUGCGCAGCCUUUAGAGGAUAACCUUUUUGAAUGGCACUUCACAGUAAGAGGGCCCCCAGAUUCUGAUUUUGAUGGAGGAGUUUAUCAUGGACGAAUAGUGCUGCCGCCAGAGUACCCCAUGAAGCCACCCAGCAUUAUUCUCCUGACAGCUAACGGACGAUUUGAAGUGGGCAAGAAAAUCUGUUUGAGCAUCUCAGGACAUCAUCCUGAGACCUGGCAGCCGUCAUGGAGUAUAAGGACGGCGUUACUAGCGAUCAUCGGGUUUAUGCCAACGAAAGGAGAGGGAGCCAUAGGUUCUCUAGAUUACACCCCUGAAGAGAGACGAGCACUCGCCAAAAAGUCCCAAGAUUUCUGCUGUGAGGGCUGCGGCUCUGCCAUGAAGGAUGUCCUGCUGCCUUUAAAAUCAGGGAGCGACUCGAGCCAGGCUGACCAAGAAGCCAAGGAACUCGCGAGACAGAUCAGCUUUAAGGCAGAAGUCAAUUCAUCUGGAAAGACUAUUGCUGAGUCAGAGUUAAACCAUUCUUUUUCAUUAAAUGAUUUACAAGAUAACAUACCUACAACAUUCCAGGAUGCUACGGCCAGCACGUCGUAUGAAGCCCAGAAUCCCUCAGGAGCAUCCUUCCAACCACCAACCCAGCCUGCAGCAAAGAAUACCUCCAUGAGCCCUCGCCAGCGCCGGGCCCAAAAGCAGAGUCAAAGAAGGUCGUCCAUGUCACCAGAUGUAAUACAAGGCCAGCAGCCAAGAGACAACCACACAGACCGUGGUGGAUCUGCUGUCCUGAUUGUCAUCCUGACUUUGGCAUUGGCAGCACUUAUAUUCCGACGAAUAUAUAUGGCCAAUGAAUACAUAUUUGACUUUGAGUUAUAAUACCAUUUUGUGAAUUAAGAGCCGUGACUCAGCUGCUUCAUUAAACAUUCUGCAUUGGGUAUAAUUAUGAAUUGUUUACAAAGCAAUUAUUUUGUAUCUACCUUUCAUUCCUCUUUUAAUCUUUCUAAGUUCAAUAUGAAGUUAGCUAGACAUUCAGACCAUGCCAAGCAGUGUGUUCUACUUAGUAUCUCACUGUUUGAUCUGCUUCACAGGGAAAUAUUUUAUUCUGUUGUUUCUCAUGCUUCAGUUUCUUUUUUCCUUAAAUUUACAGUACCUUUCCAUAUAGAUCUUUGAAAUUUUCAGAUAAAAGAUGGUAUUUUUAAGUUCCUAUGAGUAUUAUUAGUUCCUCAGUAACAUUUAUUGAGUACUCCUAGUUAGAUAGAAUGAUAUAGGGAUAAGGGCCAGGGAUAUAGCUCAGUGGCACAGUGCCUGCCUGGCAAGCACAAGGUCCUGAGUUUGAUUCCCGGUACCAAAAAAAAAAAAAAAAGAAAAAAGAAAAAAGGAAUGGUAUGGGGAUAGAAGAAUUGAAAAGGGAAAAAGCAGAAUUCAAGUAGCUUCUUUAAAGGGUCAUUCACAGGAGAUACAUUGAUACUGCGCAUUCUCUGACUUUGUGCUCUAAAUAACUUCAGUGAAAAUAACUAUUUUGGUCAAACAUUUCUGAGGAAGUGAGAUCACAUUUGUGUCAUUGGACAUUACUUGAAGUGGAAGCACUUUGUAACCACUUUGAUAUACUAUUAUUAACCCCCCCAUAUGCACACAGAUUAAAGAAAAAAAAGGAGACAUUCCUUCGAAGAUCUUUGUUUUAAGGAAUAAAGAAGCCACUCCAGAAAAUCACUUGAUUUUCUUCUAGAAGUUGGGAGGGGGGCGGGAUCUUAGGAUUGGAAUGCUUGUCGUGCUUUGAAGUGUGUUUUUUGAGAUGUGUUGUAGGCCUAGCUUUGUAAUCACAAUAAAUUUUAAUUCCAGGAAUACACAUAAUAUACUAUUUCAUGUAUUAUUUUAAUAGAAGAGCUCAGGGCCCAAGAAGCAGUGAUAGAAAUUGUUUACUCAGAAUUGUCUACCUGAUCAAAGCCCAAGAAAGAUUUUCAGUGAAACAAAUCAGUGUCUCAGUGCUCUCCAGCUCCACCUAUGCUAGGAAGAUAAUUAGUAUCGCGAAGUCUGUUGAGCCCAUAUAAUCACAGAAAACAUUGUCUUCAGCGUGUUCCAUUAGCAGCAUCCAGAUGUUACCAAUGAAGAGUUAAUUUUUAAAUAUAAACACUCUCCACCUUCCAUUUAGAAAUACACUUAUAAGUUAAUUUCCUUUAUUUUUU